GGGCUCCACAUAAGGAAGUGAAUAUAAAAACGAAAUUCAGACGUCUCUCACAAUCUAACGGAACACUCGGCUGUUUAUCGCAUAAUAUUUUUACAAUAACAUUUUAAGAAUUGCAAAUAUCCGUUAUUAAGAAUUGUGUUUAAACGAGUUCUAUUCAUGCGGUGUAAAAAUGCAAAACAAUUAUUCUAGUUAGGUAUAUUAAAAAUUUAUAUAGAAGUAUCUUUGAAAGUGUCGUUUCAUUACAAAGUUGGGAUCAAGCAGUUCAAGUGAUAACAAGAAAAUCGUGCACAUUAUCUUGUCUCUCUCAUUUAUUGUACAAUUCUAAACGGAACGUGUUUUACGCGAUAUGUGCAAUCUAUUUUAAAAUGUAUCUAAUUCAAAUAUUAAUUACGUGCGUGUUAUGGACUUUAUUAACGAGUGUCAACUGUAAAGUCGUUUUAAGCAGGGAAAAGAUUUCGGAAAUACUAAAUUCCAUAGAUUCGAUAAAAACAAGAGUUACAAUAGAUAAUUAUGAACACACAACUACUGGACUACCGAAAAUAAAUAACAAACUUACUAAAACGAAAGUAUCGUACAAUGAUAUUGAUAUAGAAGAUAAUAAAACUAAAAACAAUAUUACAUUCAAAUCAAAAUCUAAAGUGACACAAACAAAUGAAACAGAACAUUUAGAACCUCUUAUAUUGACGCCAUUAAUUGAACAGGGGAGAAUAGAUGAAGCAAGAAAUGCAAGCGUCGUUAAUCCAGAAUUGUUUCUCAAUGUCACGAGUUAUUCGGGAUACUUAACUGUGAACAAAACAUACAAUUCUAACAUGUUCUUUUGGUACUUCCCGAUUGCGGAUAAGCCAAUAUGUGAAUCGCCGUGGAUAAUUUGGUUGCAAGGCGGGCCCGGUGCUUCUAGUAUGACCGGACUUUUUGAUGAAAUAGGACCCAUCAAAAUGGAUGCUAAAUUAAAUUUGGAACGUAACCCGUACACAUGGUUGCAGAACCACUCUCUGCUGUUCUUCGACAAUCCAGUAGGGGCUGGAUUCAGUUUUACUGAUGACAAACGCGGAUAUGUUCGAGAUAUGCCUACGUAUUCCAGUCAGCUGUACACCGCGUUCCACCAGUUCGUCCAGUUGUUCCCGGAGCUGAAGGAAGCACCGCUCUAUAUCGCGGGCGAGUCGUACGCGGGAAAAUAUGUGCCCACACUCGGCCUGGAGAUACACAAGCGAAUACAUUUACCAGAACAUCGUGUUAACCUUAAGGGUUUGAUGAUCGGCAAUGCGUACGUGGACCCAGCCGUUAUCCCGCGCACAGUCCGACCCUUCUAUAACUUCGGUUUAAUAGAACAGGAGCAAGUGGAAAUGCUUAAACCAAUGUCGAAAGCUGUUGCGGAACAAGUCGCUGCCAACAACGGCACAUUAGCUAAACAAAAAUGGAUGAACCUCGUCGCUCUUCUUCUAAUGAUGAGCCAUCAGUCGCAAGCAUAUAACUUCUUGCAGAACGAAUUAGGGGUAGGCAAAUACGUGAAGUUCUUAAAUCGAAUAGACGUACAGAAGGCGAUACAUACACGAAGAUUGAAUUUCAACUUUGUUAAUAUGACUGUCAACUCAAACCUGGCUCCGGAUUUCCUGAGCAGCAGCAAACCUCACUUCGAGACUCUCUUAGAACAUUAUAGGGUGCUAGCGUAUUGUGGCCAGUUAGAUCUAAUGAUGCCGUGUGUCACCACUUCGGAGAAUUAUCGAACAUGGAAAUGGAAUGAGACGGAGAAAUUUAUAAACGCAACAAGAUUGCCUUAUUUGUAUCAAUACAAACGUGCCGGAUAUCAUAAAACGGGUGGAGGUUUGACUGAAGUAGUGUUCAUAGGGGCAGGUCAUAUGGUCCCUAUGGAUGUGCCCGCGCCCGCUCGAGAUCUAAUCACGAAAUGGACGCACAAUAAGAAACUAAGCAUAUCCUUACCGCUAUUAGAAGGAUCAUAUAUAAGCAGGUUUAUCGCUAACAAUACUGCAGCUUACCUUUGAUGUUAUUAUCAAUUAACUGACGUAGUACAAGUUUUUUUU